AUGACAACUAUUAUUAACGAUAUAAUUGGAGAAUCAAAUAAUUUCAUAACAUUUAAGCGACAAAAUAAUGGUCAACAAAAUCAACGAAAUCAAAGAAACCAACAAAAAUCCCGUAAAAAUUCCCGAAGCAGUCAACGGGCGUCCGGCACAACAACACCUCUCUGGCCUAAUGGUCUCGUCUACUAUCGUAUAGAUAACUCAUUGUCGAGUCAUCGACGGCUUAUACAAAAUGCUAUGAAAAACAUUGAGUCCCGUUCUUGUGUCAAAUUUCGACAGCGAACUAAUCAAAACAAUUACAUACAAUUUUUCAAAGGGGACGGAUGCUACUCGACAGUGGGCAAAGCGGGUGGCCGUCAAUAUCUAUCGCUGGGCACCGGAUGUCACGAUAUCGGGAGCGCAAUGCAUGAGAUACUACACGCACUGGGCUUCUAUCACGAGCACAUGAGAUCGGACAGGGAUCAGUUUAUUACUAUUCAUUGGAAUAAUAUAGAGAAUGGUAUGCAGGAUCAGUUCCAGAAGAUUUCGACAAAGAAAAACAAAAUUUACACAAAAUUUGAUUACAACUCUAUUAUGAUUUAUGGAAAUACAGCUUUCAGUAAAAAUGGCAAAAAUACUAUGACUGCCAAAGCAAAGGGCGUACGACUGAUUGAGUCUCACUUCAAGAGACACUUGAGUCCACUCGAUGUACAAACACUUAAUCUGAUGUAUAAAUGUAAUAAAUAA